UUUGCAACUCUUCCCUUGUGAGCUUGGGGCGAUGGUAAUCGCACGAAUGACACCACGAUACGGUCACUGGGGACACUGCCUCCUCACGCUAUAAUAAGAAGGCAAUAGCUCGACGCUGUACACGCCCACAACUUAUAGAUCACCGGCCGUGCUGCUGAAAUAAAUGAAUGUAUAUAUCACUUUUCUCCGCCAUCUUAAGAAUUUAGUGCGAAUAACGUUUAUAUAUGUAGUCAAUUUGGAUCGUUAAAAGACACAUCCGUCCUGCUCCAACGAGAACUUCUAUUUCCAUCGGGUGCUAAAGCGGAACGACAUACACGUCGCACAAUGUUCUUCAAGUGUCAAGCGAGGCACAGAUGGACUGCCACGUUCCUGCCUCUCUUUGCAUUGGCUCUCCUCAUUGGCACCAUCGUUGAGGGCGCUCGUUACCAAGAUAAGAGCAUGCCCUUUUUGGACGUAAGUUGCAGAGUUCGGGAGUACACAAAGUAUGAGGCUAAGCUGCCCGGAUGUAUGGACGAAGUAGUGCCGGCAAGAGGGUGCUAUGGUCGGUGCCAGUCGUUCGAGGUACCAGUUUUGCUACCACCGCACAAAGCGUCAAGUCACAAGAUGUGCUUGGUCGAGGAAAUAGAGCUUCUUAGCGUGGAGUUGUCGGAUUGCCUACCGGGGGUCAACAGGACCUUCGUCUAUCAGAGUGCCGUACGAUGCAGAUGCAAGAAAUGCAUCGAGUCUAAUACAUUCUGUGCCCGAAAUUGAUUAUAGAGAAAACAACUUUUGCUGUAUGUAUUUACUGUGUAUAUAUUUAUUAAAACAAAUUUCAAACUGGUUUUCGCUUUGGUUUUAGAGGGUUUACAAAAUCAAACGUAUUUAACAAACAUUUUACAGGUAUAGUAUAUGAAUCAAUUCCAAAUAAUGCUAGAUGCAUCUACCCGCGCUGUUCUUGAUUACACCAUGUUACUGUGACUGCAACAUAUUACUGUGAUUACAACAUGUUACUGUGACUGCAACAUGUUACUGUGACUGCAACAUGCUACUGUGACUGCAGCAUGUUACUGUGAUUACAACAUGUUACUGUGACUGCAACAUGUUACUGUGACUGCAACAUGUUACUGUGAAUGCAACAUUUUAUUACGGGUGUUAACCCAAAACACCAAAAUGGCUUCACCGUGGCGCAGCAGUGAUGACGUCAUAUGCAAAGGGGUCUUAGUGUUGCAAAACAUUAACAACAUUGGUGAAACAUUAAUAUACAUAUUAUGUUUGGUUAAAUUAUAAUUGUUGUAGUUAAAGGCAGUGGACACUAUUGGUAUUACUCAAUAUAAUUAUAAGCAUAAAACCUCACUUGGUAACGAGU